CAUGGCAUAGCAUGACUGCUCUUCACCCCAUAUGCCAUGCCCUUCCCCAACAGCUCUGACCUCAGCCCAUCCUCCUUCAUCUUGGCCAGCAUCCCAGGGCUGGAGGCUGCUCAUUUCUGGAUGGCGAUCCUUCUGUGCUCCGUGUACAUCUUAGCGGUCACGGGCAACUGCGUGGUGCUGUUCAUCGUGAAGACGGAGCCCAGCCUGCAUGCUCCCAUGUACUUCUUUCUCUGCAUGCUGGCUGCCAUCGACCUGGCCCUGUCCACGUCCACGGUGCCACGCGUCCUCUCCUUCUACUGGUUCAACACCAGGGAGAUCAGCUUCAGUGCUUGCCUUGUGCAGAUGUUCCUCAUCCACACCCUCUCGGCCAUCGAGUCCACUGUCCUCCUGGCCAUGGCCGUGGACCGGUACGUGGCCAUCUGCCACCCACUGAGACAUGCUGCCAUCCUCACCAACUCUGUGACAGUGAAAAUAGGGCUGGUGGCCAUGGCCAGGGGAGUUCUCUUCUUCCUGCCUUUGCCUUUGCUCCUCCUGCCCCUUCCAUUCUGCAGCUCCCGGGUGCUGUCACACUCCUUCUGCCUGCACCAGGACGUGAUGAACCUGGCCUGCGCCAACACCACCCCCAGCGUGGUGUACGGCCUCACUGCCAUCCUGCUGGUCAUGGGGCUGGACGCCAUCCUCGUCUGCCUCUCCUACAUCCUGAUCCUCAAGGCUGUCUUGCGGCUGGCAUCGUGGAAGGAGAGGCUCAAGGUGUUCAGCACCUGCGUUGCCCAUAUCUGCGUGGUCCUGGCCUUCUAUGUGCCCCUGAUUGGGCUCUCCGUGGUGCACAGGUUUGGGAAGGACCUGGCUCCGCUGGUCCAUAUCAUCAUGGGGAACAUCUACAUCCUGGUGCCUGCUGUGCUCAACCCCAUCAUCUAUGGGGUGAGGACCAAGCAGAUACAGAGGAGGAUCCUGAAUUUAAUUCAUAUAAACAAUGACAGAACUGCCCAGUGACCUAUGCUCAGCUGCUCUCUCCUGUAUCCUCACACCAGCUCAUCUUGUUUUACAGUUAGAGUCUUUGGUGCAGGACUGUCCUCUGUUUGUAUGGCACCUAGCACAUGAUAGGAGACUCUGAGGUGCUACCAGCAGGCAAAAAGUAAAUAGCAAUUGUAAACUCCUUCCAAGAGUGUUUACUCUCACCAAACUUGGAGAGAUUCUACUACAAUGAUCUAAAUCCAACCCUGAUCCAGAAGGUAGAGCAAUUGGAAGGAAAAGUGGCUCACCAAACUAAUAAAGAUGUCUUGACAUUGCACUUCUUUGUUCCCAUCUCACCCGUAAUGAUGGCAGAGCUGAGUGAAUGUUACAGUGUUUUCUGAAUGAUUUAGUUAAUCUGCUUGUGGCACAUUCACUUUCCAAAAACACUUUAGCAAAAUUUUUGCCAGAAACUUUGGCUGUAGCAUCAAUCUCUAAGUAAAAUAAUUACAGCAAGUGACAUUAUAGAUGCAGAAAUGCACUUCAGAAGUCCUCCACCUCUGUGGUCUUGUUCUGACCUAUUGGGUAUUCAGUCAAAUCAGCUCAGCCUCCUUGUAGCAGAUGCUGUGGAAAAAUUUCAGACCCAGAGUUAUUGGUAGCAAUUGUAAAAAUAAUUUCCAUUAAUUAUUCAAUAAAAUGACAAUGUCUCAAGACAAAAAAUAGGCAAGUUAUAAAUGUUAGUGAUACUUCCAAGCUGAAGGAUAUGGUAUUUCCAAGUCAAAGGUGUUUCAUACCUUUGACUUCACACAUGCUUGGAAUUCCUAAGAAGUUACGAAUUAAGUUCAAGAUCUUCAGCUUUCAAGCUUUUUUUAUACUUCUAGGUAUUCCCCAUGAAACAGAGUACCUGACAGCCUUUCCUCUCUUUAUUCUCAUGACUCUUCUGCCAGUGGGACACUACUACAAAACUCUUUUAAUGCAAUGAAGGCCAACAAGCCUUAGGGCCGAUGAAGAAGGUCUGAUAGUAUACUGCGUUUAUUUUCACACCAUCACAGAAUCACAGAAUGGUUGAGGUUGGAGGCACCUCUGAAGGUCGUCUUGUCCAGCCCUCCAGCUCAAGCAGGGCGAGCUAGAGCCAGUU